CAGUGCCUUGCGGCCGCCAGGAGCACGUGAGGUCGGGUUGUUCUUGCGGUAGUAGGCUCACUAUCAUCAUGUCGUCCGGCUGCAAGAUCGGUCCGUCCAUCCUGAACAGCGACCUGUCCCGUCUGGGGGCGGAAUGUGAGCGCAUGCUGCAAUCCGGGGCGGACUACCUGCACCUAGAUGUCAUGGACGGGCAUUUUGUUCCCAAUAUCACAUUUGGGCAUCCUGUGGUGGAGUGCCUCCGGAAGCAACUUGGAAAUGACCCAUUUUUUGACAUGCACAUGAUGGUUGCUGUACCGGAACAGUGGGUUAAACCUAUGGCAGCUGCUGGUGCCAACCAGUACACGUUCCAUCUGGAAGCCACAGAAAACCCCGGAGCCUUGAUUAAAAUGAUCCGAGAAAGUGGCAUGAAGGUGGGUGUGGGCAUUAAACCAAACACUACAGUGGAAUACCUUGCACCAUGGGCAUCUCAAAUUGAUAUGGCUCUGGUUAUGACUGUGGAGCCGGGUUUUGGAGGACAGAAGUUCAUGGAAGACAUGAUGCCAAAGGUGCAGUGGUUAAGAUCACAGUUUCCAUCCCUGGACAUAGAGGUGGAUGGUGGUGUUGGACCAGAUAAUAUUCACCGUUGUGCAGAGGCUGGUGCUAACAUGAUAGUGUCUGGAAGUGCCAUUAUGAAAAGUGAUGACCCCCGGUCUGUUAUCAAUCUUCUCCGCAAUGCCUGCUGUGAAGCUGUUCAGAAGCGCUCCCUGGAUCGGUGAAUCCAGUAAAGGCUGCGAGUAUCCGCUGGUUCUAACCAGACCACUAUGAAGCCUUUCCAGAUGCAGAGAGCAGGCCUGGGACAUAGACUAGGGUGGUGCAGUUCUGCCCCCCUGAAGCAAUUCUCUUUUCCAAGAAGACAAAAAAGACUAUUUCUUUUCCCUUUCAUACGCAUUAUGAUUUGUUUGUUUCAGAUAUUUGUUUUCUUUUGGGAGACAUGUAUUCUUUCCUCCUCAAACAUAAUGUGGAACUAAGCCUGUUAGCAAAAGUGUAAAGAUGUGCUCCACAUGAUGCAUCUACGAAAUGUAAUUACACGUGUUCAUUCACAUGGGGAUUUUUUUUUUU